AGAUACAACAACCAUAUAAUCUUAUCACAUCUCUCUCUAUAUAUAUAUAAAUAAUACAUUGAUCAAACUCUCUCAUUACAACGAACAACAACAACAAUCAUCUCUUCACUUCUCUAUUCACAUCAUCUUCUUGAAUUUUAAAAGAUGCAAAUGCUAAGAAGCUUGAGCACGAGGACAAGAAGCCGUCGUGGAGGCUACGAGAGAGUGACUGAUGAUUCAACUUUCAGUUUACUCGGAGCAAAGCUAAGAAGAUCGACGAGUGUUCCUUACUACGCUCCAUCUAUAAAGCUUGGUGCUGGUGGUGUUCCGACCAUUCUUGAGGAGCUUCCUCGUCAGAAGUCCAAGAAAGUUAAACCAACAGGCAAAUUUAGCCACCCGAUCUUUAGUCUUUUCUAUGGAAAGAAGAAGAAGUCAACGACGACAAAGCCUGAGUUUUCUAGGUAUCUUGAGUAUUUAAAAGAAGGUGGUAUGUGGGAUGCUAGAGCUAAUGCGCCUGUUAUCUAUUACAAGUAGAUCGAUAUGAAUUUGUUAAAAAAGAUCAAGAAAGAGAGAGAGAGAGGGUGAAAGUUUUCUUUUAUUUGUUUGGUUCAAAUCUUUUUCAAUUUGUGAUGAUAUUUGUAUAUAUAUAUAUAUUUCAAUGAUCCAAUAUUGUUUUAGAAGCAUUUACAAGUAUUGGAAACAAAAUUGUAUGCUUUUGAGCACAUUUUUGAUUGGAAAUGAUUUUGAGUU